GUGCACUGAAGACUCCCAGUGCACGCUCAGCUUAUCUACAAUCAGAAGUGCACCACCUGCUACUUUCAUGGAUAUUUCCAGUUGUAGAAUGGCCUAUAGUAACCUGUCAUCUUGUUACAGGUAAAAUAUGGAAUGAGGGUGGCUGAAUUCAAUAAGCCAACAGGUUUAAUGUUGAGAGUUUAAUGAAGUGUGGAAACUUCUCGUGGUAUUGAAAACUCUUACUUCUACUGGAGAGCCAAGGGAGUGAUGACAGCGCUGAUCAUUUAAAGAGAGUGAGCUCAGCUCCUUGCUGUGGAUGGGUGAGCGAGGGUAACUCACGUUAAGACACCGGAAGACGUCUGAAACCAAACUCUGUGAUGGUGAUGCCGUGCGCAACCGCGUGACGGAGUCGAGUGCAUUGAAAACACCUCCUCAUUCACACAUGUCCAACUCCAGUGUUCCUCGUUAACGUUCUCAGUGCUGGAAAUCUUCACGCAGAGACACUAUCACUCUGAGCCAUGGAGAAGUUUGCGUUUGUUUUAAUUUUCCUGCUCGAUGUUCUGGUGUAUUUGGGUACCGGUCAACAACAUUUACGCGCACGUGUUGGACCGUGGAGACACCGGAUCCAGUGGGAGAAUAACGGUCAGCUGUACAGUUUACUGAGCACGGGGACUCAAUAUCGCUCCCCCGAGCAGUCCAGAAGACGCACCCAGCUUUUACUAACAGCUAAGAACAAUUUUAACAGAGUCAACCCUCCUGUUGCCCCGAGUAGAUCCACCAGAACCAGAUCUGGAGACCUCGAGGACGCAGCUGGGAUUCACUCCCAACAAAACGACCCCAGUCAAACGGACGCACGGGUUCUCGGUGCUGAUGUGCAGUAUUUACUCGCAUCGGGACGUCCAGGGGCACCCGGUCAGUCCGCACCGCGCACGGCCUCUACCGGAGAGGCUGUGGCUUUGAGGUUCGGCUCUCAUCAAGGAUCUUCAAACAGCAGCGCUGCCGCUUUCACCGCCAUCCAGGAGUUCUCCGGCAGCGGGGUCCCGAGAGGUGGCCGGAGUACCACUGGAGAUGAACCUGAUGCGCAACAGGUCGCUGCGUCACCGGUAAGAUCACCUACGCACAGCCGAGGCGGCCAGUUAAGAUCCGAGAACUCUGAUUCAACAGCCCGGUCACCUGCCACGUCUGCGUGGGUCAGCAUGGCUGAGGAUGGCGGGGAUACGCGUCGCAUCACGCAGCAAAGAGCGCAGGGCAGAGCGCACUCACUGACCAGAGUCACACCUGAGUCAAACGUUUCUCCCACAGCGCUGACCAGUAACGCCGUAGAGAUACACUUUUCACGCCCGAGGUCGGAUACAACACGGACCGCAGACACGAGCGACCCACGAGAUCCACACAGCAUUCAUCACAGGAACUCGGUUUUCUAUAACGUUUACCCACCAGACCGCAGGAACAGGAUCACUGCGCGCCCUCCACCGGGGACCGGCUAUGGCACCAGAUUCUUCCACAAUGGUCUCCCAGACCUUGUUCCUGACCCUUACUACAUCCAAGCUGCCUCUUACAUCCAGAGAGUGCAGAUGUACGCACUUCGCUGUGCUGCUGAAGAGAACUGUCUGUCCAGGUCUGCGUAUCAUCCGAGUGUGAGCGACCUCGACUACAGAGUCCUGCUGCGGUUCCCACAGAGAGUGAAGAACCAAGGAACAGCAGACUUCCUCCCAGUGAAGCCCAGACAUGAGUGGGAAUGGCACAGCUGUCACCAGCAUUACCACAGCAUGGAGGCCUUCAGUAACUACGACCUCCUGGACGUCUCCACUGGACAGAAGGUGGCUGAAGGACACAAGGCCAGUUUCUGUCUGGAGGACACGUCAUGUGACCCGGGAAUACGACGACGCUUCGCCUGCACCGCUCACACACAGGGGCUCGGUCCUGGUUGCUACGACACAUAUCACGCAAACAUUGACUGCCAGUGGAUCGACAUCACCGAUGUACCACCUGGAAACUACAUACUAAACGGUGGGGGUGUGACAGUGAAUCCCUCUCAGCUGGUCCAGGAGUCUGACUUUUCCAACAAUGAAGUUAACUGCGACAUCAGGUACACAGGAAUGUACGUCCAGGCCAGAAACUGCAGGAUUACUGGAAGCUGACCUGACUGAAGACAACAAUGUUCCCACAGAAAUAUAUAUUUAAUACCUUCUUGUUGCUCUUAAUGUACAGUUGCUACUCUGUUGUGCAGCUGUUUUACACUUAAAUGUUUACUAUUAACCUGAAUUUGUCUGUUUGUAUUUAUGACAUAUAAUAUAUUGUAGCUACAGCCAUGCUGGCUAGAUGUUAUCUGUUUUGUGUUUUGUAAUUUUCACAGGGUUUUUAAGCAAUGCAAGACUUCAGGACAUGCAUGUCAAGCAUGUUAACAUAAUUUACAAAUCUUACAUUUAAAAAAAAUGAUUUCAUUUGUAUUUUAGGACUAAAGGUGCUGAUUUUGACAGAAACUGUGGUGCUCUUCUCCCCUGAAAUUGAAUAGUGUUUCGUUGUAUGAGAUAAAAGUUCCUCUGUUUGUUAAUGCGCAAAUAUAUAUUGUGAACAAUGUGCGAGUGUUAUUACAAUACAGAAAAGACUAAUGUAUGUAUUUAUUAUGUGUUGAUUGCCCUAACAAAGUUUCAGUGACAAUGUAUAGUUUGUUCUUUUUAAAGGGUUUUGAAUGCUUGGGAGGU